AUGGCGGUGGCGGCGGGCCCGGCGCGGCUGGUGCGCUGCGGGCAGAAGGACGAGCUGUACCGGGCCGGACUGCGCAGCGGGGCCGGCACGGCGCUGCGGGGGCUGGCGGGUGCCCGGCAGUGGCUGCAGUGGAGGAGGGAGGUGGAGCUGCUCUCCGAUGUGGCCUAUUUCGUGCUGACCACGCUGUCAGGUUAUCAGACUCUGGGAGAAGAGUAUGUGAACAUCAUUCAGGUUGACCCAAGCAAGAAGAAGGUGCCUUCUUUCCUUCGUCGGGCACUCUUCAUUUCCCUGCACACCGUGGUACCCUACUGCCUGGAAAAGGCACUGCUGCACCUGGAACACGAGCUGCAGCUGGAGACUGAGGAAUCCAGGACCCCAGAGAACCCCCCAGCACCUGGCUUUUCCAGCAGGACCUUAAUUCGUAGCUGGAUUAGGAAGCAGGUUGGGGAGCUCACAGAGCAGCAGAAGAAAACAGCCUCCCAAGUUGUGUAUGUCCUUAAACAGUCCAUCCCUCUGCUGCACCGGCUCCACCUGGCAGUGUUCUACAUCCAGGGCACCUUCUACCACCUGUCCAAAAGGAUCACAGGGAUUUCAUAUCUGCAUUUUGGAGGACUGCAAGGAGAAGAUGAGAGUAUCCGAUCAAGUUACAAGUUUCUUGGAAUAAUUUCACUCUUCCACCUUCUGCUGACCAUUGGAGUUCAGAUGUACAGCCUCAAACAGAAGCAGAGAGCACGACAGGAGUGGAGGCUACACCGCAACCUCACUCACCAGAAAAGCACGAGCAAAGAGAUGGCUGCAGGGCGCCAGUCACGCUGCACGCUGUGCUUGGAGGAGAGGAGGCACAGCACAGCCACCCCCUGUGGGCACCUGUUCUGCUGGGAGUGCAUCACUGCCUGGUGCAACACCAGGGUGAGUAACAGCACAUCCACACUGCACGGUGCCCCCAGCCUGGCUGCUAAUGCCAGGGUCUCACUGAGGCACCCAGAGCUGACCAGCACCUCUGGAGUUGUUGAAAUACAAUGACAGUUACAUAGGUGAGGGCAGUAAGAUGAGCACUUCAAACUGGACUGGCUCAGGGGAGCUUGUACCACAGUUGGGACUGAAAAAUUAUUUUAUAGAAGUAGCUAAGCAGUUCUAUUCAGAUUUUUAAACAUAACUAUUCAGUAUGUCCAUCUACUCCCUUUUCUUUCUGUAGGCAGAAUGUCCACUGUGCAGAGAGAAGUUUCAUCCUCAGAAAUUGAUCUACCUACGGCACUACCAAAUGUAAAAGGAACCUCUUCUGUCUCCUGACAAAGGUCCCAGUUCAUAUUCUCAUGUUUGUCCUACAGCUUGGGUUGGUCCAAGAAAAGGCUUUAAAACUGGAAAGUCCCUGUGUGAGGUGGCACUACAUUCCUGUGUGACAGAAUAAAGCUAUUUCUGCUUCUACCCUUCUGACUCUUCUGAUGUAGCUCUGGACCAUAGUAAAAAUGGGUUUCUAAAACAUGCUUAACACAAGUUUAAUAGUUUUCUUCAUUUUGGACAAUAGAAAACUUAAAUUCUCAUAAUACAAGCGUAGACAAUGAGUCUACCACUCUUCUGCAACAUCCUAAUCUUAAGACUUCCUUUCUCCUGUAAUGUUAUAAUGCCCAUGCAGUGGACUUCAGGGGCAAAGAACAGAAGCUGUACACAAAACCUGAGUUUAAGAGCAGUGGAAAUUUUGGUAAUAAAUAGCAUGUGCCAUUGUGUUUACAAUAAAGCAGGAUUCUUUGAUUUGACAAACUGAAAUCUGCUUAGAUCAACAGAAGCAACACGUGCAAAGCCCCAGUAAUACAGAUUGUGCACACUGGUUUGUUAACACUCAGCUUCCAAACUCAGGUUUUUCCAUCACUAGUAGCAAGGGAGACUUUCCUAGACAUUGAGGCUAUAGCAAUGUAACAAAGUGUGUUUUCCAAAGUCUAGGGGGUGUUACUAAUAUCCCUGAAGUACAGAGGUAAAGAUUGUUAGUUGUUCACACACCUUGGCAUUCUUGCAUGAUAGAAGAUGCAGAAGAUCAAUUUAUUUGUAUUUUUCAAAUAUAGGUAUGGAAAAGAACCCAGGUGCUCCAGUCUGUGCAUCAUGAAUUACAGUUUCAAUAAAUAUAUCAAAAAUGGCACGGAAUGUGGACUUGGGCAGGGCCAGGUGUACUACACUAAGAGCACUUGGAAGAUGGGUAUUUGCACUGCAGAGAUCCUGGUUAUUCAGCUAGUAAUUAAAUCUCCAAGAGUUAUCAUACUGACCCAGAAAAUUUAGUU